AACCUUUUGCCAACAACCACACCUCAGGAAGCUCAGCAGUGGUUGCAUCGAAACCGGUUUUCUACUUUUACAAGGCUUUUUACCAACUUCUCAGGUGCAGAUUUAUUAAAACUAACUAGAGAUGAUGUGAUCCAAAUCUGUGGCCCCGCGGAUGGAAUCAGACUUUUUAAUGCAUUAAAAGGCCGGAUGGUACGUCCAAGGCUAACCAUCUACGUCUGUCAGGAAUCAUUGCAGUUAAGGGAACAACAGCAGCAGCAGCAGCAACCACAACAGAAACAUGAGGAUGGAGACUCAAAUGUGUAUCAUGCCAUCUAUUUAGAAGAACUGACAGCUGUUGAAUUGACAGAAAAAAUUGCUCAGCUUUUCAGCAUUUCUCCUCGCCAGAUCAGCCAGAUUUAUAAACAGGGACCCACAGGAAUCCACGUGCUCAUCAGUGAUGAGAUGAUACAGAACUUUCAGGAAGAAGCCUGUUUUAUUCUGGACACAAUGAAAGCAGAAACCAAUGAUAGCUAUCAUAUUAUACUAAAGUAGUAGUGGGGCAUUCCACACUCAAGUGGCUGCCCUUCACCUCUUGAAAACUGUGCUCUAGAAGGAGACGUGAAUGGAGAUUGAAGGUCUGCAGGAACCAGACUCAUCUGACUGUGGGGGAGGAGGGAAUCCAGGCCCUUGAGGCAGAAUCUCCACCCUCUUUGUUGGCCUAAAUACCGCAGCACACACAGAUUACUGCCCAACAUGCAGUUCUGCAGCAGCGUUUUUAGUUAAACUUCUGGCCCCUGUUGUUGAAUAUAAGUAGGAACUCCAUGUCUGUUAGGGUUAUGUAGGGCAUAGUGAUGAUGAAAUUGUGUGAUGUUUAAUGGAAAGAUGUUGAAUUCUGUGAUACGAAGCCUUGUAAUUUUUCUAACAUAAAAGUGAUCAUCUAUAUUCGUAAGAUGAGGUCCUCAAUCUCUUUUGCAUCAAGUAUAUUUUCAUCUCUGCUUUUUUGCUACAAUUGGUCCCUGACAACUUCAUCAACAAAGAGAAAUACAGAUAGAAUUUUUCUUUGAUUCGCCUAUAAUACUACAACUAAUAGGAAUUUUGGCUAAUGUUUAUUGAACCAGGCAGUGUGUUAAAUUCUCUAAAUGGAUUAUCUUGCUUAAUUAUCUUAAUAACCCUAUAUGAAGUAAGCACUAACUAAAGAUGAGGAAAUCACAUAGUACCUAUGUAGCUUGCUAAAUAACAAGCAGUUCACAAGCAGUGAUGCCAAAUCCAAAUCCAGGCUGCCUGACCCUUAUUAUUUGCCAUCCAAUACCACCAACCCCACAUGUAUAGCCUGUGCUCAUCAUUGUUUCUUACUGUGGCUUUUUUUAGGGGAACUUAGGCACUGAAACAGAAAAACCACGUUUCACUAAUGAUAAACAAAUCAAGAACUGUAAAAUAAUGACAACAUGGUUUUUAAGUAUUAUCACUUAUCAAAAGCACAGAAUUUGAGGUGGUAAAAACUUUAGAUUAUAUUAGCUCCCAAACUUUGUUGUUCUUGAGUGACAUUCUUAAGUUAUUUAUUUAUAAAUGAGUUAGGUAAUCCCUACGUUCCUGAUUCUGCAUCUUCUCUUGGUAUAGGAAGUUCUUUUACUCAUGUAGUGUUCUUUUAUAUAAGCUUUACAAGAAAUCCGUUCCUUCCCAUUCACACUCUUAACAUAUUUUUGUUAUUCCUUAUAAAUGAUUGUGUGUGUGUGUGUGUGUGUGUGUGUUAUGUUCCUGCACAUGCAAAAGUGUUUUUUCA